AUGGUGCGUCUCUGUGAGGAGCAGCUGGCUGCCUGCACUGCAAAGCGCCGGCCAGCUGUGGAGGCAGAAAGCUACGCACAAUGCAUUCAGCUCUCAAAAUACCCCACUGUGUGUAAGUUUUUCCACAGCCCACCAGUGAAGCCUGGAGAAAAACCUUCAGAAACCAGUGAAGUCCACCAGCGCAAGGAGGUUUGUCACUGGCCGUGCAGAUGCCCGCCUGUGCCAAGCUGCACCCCUGGGGUAAGCUUGGUGAAGGACGGUUGCGGCUGCUGUAAGGUCUGUGCCAAGCAGUCAGGAGAGACCUGCAAUGAAGCAGACAUCUGCGAUCCCCACAAAGGCCUCUACUGUGACUACUCGGAAGACGAGCCUAGGUAUGAAACAGGCGUGUGUGCAUAUCUGGUAGCUGUAGGAUGUGAGCUCAAUGGAGUUUAUUAUCUUAAUGGGCAGACCUUCCAACCUAACCCGCUUUAUAAGUGCCUGUGUGUCAGUGGUGCGAUUGGAUGUACACCUGUGUUCACACCAAAACUAGCAGCAAGUCCCUGCACCAGGGCCACGGGCAGAAAGCGGCCUGGACAAUCCAUCUGUGGGCGCGGACAGCACAAGCAGCUUCCAUCAACAAACUACAGACUGAUGUCAGCCUACAGAAGCUUACCGCUGGUUUUGAAGAAAAAGUGCCUCGUACAGGCGACUCCCUGGACACCCUGUUCCAGGACCUGUGGCAUAGGCAUAUCCAGCAGAGUGACCAACGAAAACAGGAAAUGCGAAAUGAAAAAAGAAAAGAGAUUAUGCUUCAUCCAGCCUUGUCUGACCAAUAUAUUGAAGACAAUAAAGAUUCCCAAAGGAAAAACAUGUCAACCCACAUUCCAGCUUCCUACAGCAGAAAAACUAGUUUUUUCUGGAUGCUCAACUACCCAAAGCUACAAACUAACUUUCUGUGGGGUGUGCUUGGACAAGAGGUGCUGCAUACCUAAUAAGUCCAAAAUGAUCACUGUGCAGUUUGAGUGCCCCAACGAAGGCUUCUUUAAGUGGAAGAUGAUGUGGAUAACAUCGUGCGUAUGCCAGAGGAUGUGCGGUGCUCCAGGCGAUAUAUUUUCUGAACUCAAAGUUUUAUGACAAGUUACCCCGUGGACUGUAACAUUCUGCGAGCGCAACAGCACAUUCCCUUCCUGAAGAGUUAAUGUAACCUCCCGCCAGAGCAGCGUUUAUAGUGAAAAUAUGUGAAUGAUUGUUCUUUAAAUAGCACCUGGAAGAUGCAAGUAAGAGUGCAUCUUUUUAAAUGUAAUUGUUUUUAUAUGUGGAAAGACAUUCUUGAGAAGGAUGUAUGUAACACUAAUAUUAUCAAAACAAGAACUUUUGGUAAUUAAAAAGGCACAGCAAUAGAGCUCUGCUUGCCACUGUAACGAGUUGACUAUUUUUAGAACGGUUUCUUAAAAAAACCCCAACACUCUCAACAAAUGUUAUCACAAUGUUUUAUUGAAUACUUCUGGACUUCUAGCUCUGCU